CGCUCUCCUCCCGGCCGUGUCAGCCCCGAGCCUGCCCCUGUGCCCGGCUGUGCGCUGGGGGUGCGCCCGCAUGUCCGCCCCGCUCCGCCUGCGCUCAUGCCACCGGCGGCAUCGCACCCGCCUGUCUCCGCGUCUGUCUGUCUGUCUGUCUGUCUGCCUGUGUGUGUGUGCACAUGAGAAGAGAGGAGCGAGCGGAGGCGACACCGUCAUGUUCGUAGGAAGUGCCGGCAGUCGAUGCGAAGUGUGAACGAAAACUCUGCCACCUCUCGGGCUGCUGCCAGUGGACACACCACCCCACAGAAUGCCAUCUUUUGAUGAGGUUUUGAAGGAGGCUGGGGAAUUUGGAAGAUUUCAAAAGAGGGUCUUUUUCCUCCUUAGCCAGACAGGCAUAACUUUUUCUUCCCUGUUCGCCAGCGUCGUUUUCCUUGGGCGAGCACCAGACACCUUCUGGUGCAGGAUCCCCGGGGCGGCUGAACUGAGUGACCGAUGUGGCUGGACACUGGAAGAGGAACGAAACUUCACGGUGCUGCCCCUGCAGCUGGGGAACGAGUCCGCCCGCGGGGAGUGCGAGAGGCUGGACAUCACCUGGGACACCUCUGCCGGCUGCGCCAGCCCGCUCGCCCGCCACGGCAACCGCAGCGCGGGCAGCCCGCCCCUGGCCCCUUGCCACGGCAACUGGGCCUACGAACAGCCCCACUCAUCCAUCGUCAGCGAGUAUGAUCUUGUGUGUGGCAAUGCCUGGAUGCUGGAUCUCUCCCAGGCCAUCCUCAAUCUGGGGUUCCUGGCUGGAGCAUUCAUCUUGGGCUAUGCUGCUGACAGAUAUGGCAGAAUCCUCAUCUACCUGCUCUCCUGCCUCGGGGUUGGGAUAUGUGGUAUCAUAGUGGCAUUUUCACCAAAUUUUACUGUAUUUUUGAUCUUCCGUUUUCUCCAAGGCAUGUUUGGCAAGGGGACCUGGAUGACAUGCUAUGUGAUUGUGACGGAGAUCGUUGGUUCCGAUCAGCGGAUUGUUGGAAUCGUGAUUCAGAUAUUCUUUACCUUGGGAAUUAUAAUUCUCCCUGGAAUUGCAUACUUGAUUCCCACCUGGCAGGGGAUCCAGCUGGCUAUUUCACUGCCCAACUUCCUCUUCCUGCUCUACUAUUGGGUGGUUCCUGAAUCUCCACGUUGGCUCCUGACACGCAAAAAGGGAGAGAAGGCAUUAAAAAUCAUGCGCAGCAUUGCAAAACACAAUGGCAAAUUUCUCUCACCACAUUACUCAGAGAUCACUAUCAGCAACGAGGAGGUGAGCAACCCGUCCUUCCUCGACCUGGUGAGGACUCCCCAGAUGAGGAGGAACACGCUCAUCCUGAUGUACGCCUGGUUCACAAGUGCCCUUAUCUACCAAGGGCUUGUCAUGCGCCUGGGAAUCAUCGGAGGGAACCUCUACCUAGACUUCUUCAUCUCAGGAGCUGUGGAGCUGCCCGCCGCCUUCCUGAUCAUAGUGACCAUCGAUCGCAUCGGGCGGCGCCUGCCCUUCGCCGCCAGCAACAUCGUGGCGAGCGUCGCCUGUCUCAUCACCGCCUUCCUGCCAGAAGAUAUCCCAUGGCUCAAAACGACGGUUGCCACGCUGGGAAGAUUGAGCAUCACAAUAGCUUUUGAAGUUGUCUAUCUAGUGAACAGUGAAUUGUACCCUACAACACUGAGAAACUUUGGUGUUUCCCUGUGUUCAAGUCUGUGUGAUCUUGGUGGGAUCAUAGCCCCAUUCCUGCUUUUCCGAUUAGCAGCCAUUUGGUUGGAGCUACCUCUAAUUAUUUUCAGUAUUCUUGCAGCUGUCUGUGGCCUCCUAGUGUUGCUUUUACCAGAGACAAAGGGAAUCUCAUUACCAGAGACACUGGAGGAUGUGGAGCAGCUUCCAAGUCAUUUUGGAAAAUGUGGCAAGAAACAGAAACACCGGGACACCAACUCUUAUAUUUGACUUUUGAAGAACAGCACUGAGCUAAGAACCUUGUUCCCAUACUGGGAAUUUGUUCUCCACCUGCCACCACUUCAAAAUUUGCUGCAGAAUUUACAUAUGGAUUAAACUUCAUGUUCUCUUUCUAAACAAGGACAUUUAAUACAAGUAGUGUAUUUUUCUACAAAUAUGGAAUAAAUACUUCUUUUUCUGAG